AUGAUUUAUUUUUUUUCAUUGUAAAUUUUAGCAAUAAAAAUAAAGGCAUUUGAAUUAGUAGAGAUGGAUUCCUCUUAUUAGUAUUCAUCAGAGAUAAUUGAUUUGAAAUAAUUGGGGGAAUCAGAAGAAAUCUCAUAUGGAUAUGGAAUAUGGUCAAAAUAUAACCCUUUGAGUACAAUAUCUUAAGUUGGAAUGAUUGGCUUAUUUGAUAGUGAUUGUUUUCACAUUAGUAAUGUAGUUGAUUAAUAAACUUUGAGUUUGAACUUAAUUUAUUAUGAUUGUCUGGAUUUCCAUCUUUAAUAAAUUUAGAAGACAAUAUAAUUUAUAGAUAAUGAAGGAAAAUAACAUAAAUACUAACUAAAUAUAGAUAAUUUUGAAUACGAAAAUGUUUGGUUUUAUUUUUAAUUAUUACAAUGGCCUAAAUUAAGCAGACUUGAAUUAAUUAUAUUUUAAUUAGGAAAAGCAAGUAUGAAAAAGAGUUUAGUAAUUUAACAUCCCUUCAAUGAUAUUAAAAUAUAAAUAAAUUAUGGAGGAGGAUUAAAAGUACAAAAAUCAUUGAUUACAUCAAUUGAAUUAGGAAAACAAUUUUCGUUUUUUCCAGGAAAAAUGAUUUUGUCCAAAUUUAGGAUUUUAUAAUAAACUCCAGAUUAAGACUUCGAAUAAUUAGCAAUUGAAGCAUUUGAACCAUAUAAAAAUUGUAUUUGUCAGAAUAGUGAGAUUGUUGAGAUAUUUGAUGUUGAUAUAAAAUAUCUGAGUAAGUUAACAUUUUUAUCAGACUAACUUAAUUGUGAUAGCUAUAUUUUAUCUGGAUGGUUUAAGAUAAUAGAAAUUUUAUCAGAAUCAAAUGAAUUCAUUUAUUAAUUAUUAAAAUUGUCAUCUAAUUAUGAAGGAUAGUUAUCUGAUUCUAAUUUGUCACCAUUUUAAUUAUUUUACUAUAUUUCUAAUUUUGGGAAUCAAAUACUCAUAACAACAUACAGUUAUUUAUUUCCUUAAGUAAAUAUUAAUUUUAAGGAUAAUCCAUACCUAAUUACAGAUAAAUUUGAGAUUACAAAUUUAUUAAGCUUCUGGCAUUUUAUAAAUAUUUAGUAGAUUGAAAAUAAUUUAAAAAUUCUUAUAAAAAUAUUUGAAGUAGAUCAUAUUUCUGAGUAUUUUACAUAAAUUGAAGUGAAAUAAUUUCAUAAUUUAAGAUUAAAAUUAUAAUAUGGAAAUAUUUUACAAAAUUGUAAAGAUUACUUAAAUAUUUAAUACAGAAAACUAAUUUUACAUAAUUGUGAACAAUAUAUUGAUUAGAAUAAUUGCCAUUAUAGUUGCGAAUCAUGUAAUGGACCAUCUAAAUUUGAUUGUCUUUCUUGUUCAUUAGAAUCACAUAGAAUUUAUAUUUCUAAAUUUCAAGCUUGUGUUUGUCCUUAUAAUAUGAUAGAUGAUAAAAUUUGUAAAUCAUACAAAGACCUUGAAUUAUAAUUAAUUCAAGGUUAUAAAAAUGAUAAAUUAUGUGAAUAUGGUUAUUUUGAAUAUUAAGGAGAUUGUCUAAAAUGGUAUUAUAAUAAAUAUAUAAUAUAGUCCUUCUAUUGUAAGAGAGAAUCGAAUUUCAUGUGGAGAUUGUUUGUAAAACCCAAAAGAUUGGAGUAAAAAUUCAGAAUGUACAUAUAAUUUAUACUUGAAUUCUUAGGAAGAUACCUAAGAAUUAGAUGUGAAAAGUGGAUACUAUGUUCUUUUUGAUGGAGAUAAUAUUAAUUAUUGCCUAUAUUGUAAUUAAUAAAACUCUUUUGUUGUUGAUGGACAUGAUAUAAAUUUUGAAAUAGAGAAUUCAGCAUCAUCAUAACAUUGGUGUAAUGAUUAUUUAAAUAAUUGUCUAUAUUGUAUUUUCUCUAUAGGAGAAUAGAUUUGUUAAAAAUGUUAGUAUGGUUACAAUUUGAUAAAUAAUAAAUGUACAAAAAUUGAUGAAACUGAAAUCAUCUGUUUGGAUCGAUAAUAUAUAACAUCAAGAAAAACUUGCAGAUAUUGUUCUAUAAAAAAUUGUAAAUAUUGUUUUGAAUAUCAAAAUGAUUUGAGUAAAUGUACAUUGUAUAAGGAAUUUGAAACAUUCAAUACAGAUGAAGAAAUUAAAAUUGGAUGUGCUCUUUGUGAUAAUAAUUAUAUAUUUGAUUUCACUUCUGAAUAAUGUAUUUACAAAGUGCCUUCUAUAUAGUAAUGUAUAAGAUCAUUCAUUAAUUUAAAUGGUAAUGAAAUAUGUACAUUAGCUGCUAUUGAUGAUUUUAAUAUUGCACCUGAAAUUUAGAAUUGUUAAAAAUAUUAACCUUUUUGUUAAACAUGUAUAAAAUCUCCAUAAAAUAUUAUUAAAUGCAUUAUUUGUAAUAUUGGUUAUACAGCUUCUAUUAUAAAUGGAGGGUGUUAUUUGAGCAAAGAAAAAGAUUUAUAAACAAAAAUUAUGAUUGAAGGAGAUUAUAGUUCACAAAAUGGAUGGAUUUAAAGAAUUUAAGGUUUUAUGAUGAAAUUCUUACCUAAUUAAUAUUUCUAUCCUCAUUCUGAUGUAUUUGUUAGUACAGUUGAAAUAAGAGUUGAUUGUAUUGAUGGAUAUUCAUUAUCUGAACACAGAUAAUGUCUAAAAUCAUGUUCCUCUGAAUGUUUAACUUGUAUAGAAAGUCCCUAUUAUGGCUUUGUUUGCUAAAAAUGUCCUCUUAAUUAAUAUUUAAAGCCAAUUAGACUCUAAGAUUAAGGUAUUUGUUUUGAAUGUACUUAAUUGUGUUAAAUCUGUGAAAUAAGAUCAAAUUAUGAAAUUUAUGUAAUUUUUAUAAUAAAUUUAUUUAGACUUUAUAACCUACAUUUAUUAUCAAGGAUGAUAAUAUUCAUUAUACUUUUAAAUGUUUAAAACCUAUUCAAGAUCCUUAUGUCUAUCUUGAUCCUUAUGAUUCUAUUGCAAAGCAUUGUUUAGAUGAUAUCAAUUGUUAACCUUAGUUGUUACAUUUAUCUAAUUAUUAAUAUUGUGAAGCAAUUGAUUAAACUUGGGAAAAUAGCAUUAAUAUAAAUUAUUGCAAUCAAAUGGGAAUUGAUACUAUGAUAAUUAAUGUAAAUUUUCUUGAAAGUUCUACCAUAUACUGUUAUCUAGAAUCUUUUUUAGCUUAAAACUUUUUAAAAUCAAAGAUAUUUCCCUUAAGAAAAAUCUAUUUUUAAUUUACUUCUGCUGAAAUCAUGAUUCUUAGAACUGGAACAAAUAUUUUAAUAAUAAACUAUGACAUUUUAGAAAUUUGUAAUGUAACCUUUCAAAAAAGUAAAAAUGAAGUAUUUAUAAUCAAAAACAAUAAUCAAGUUGUUGAUUUACAUUUAUUUAAUUUUUCUAUUGCUGAUAGCUAUAUUACCAACACUUCUUCUAUUUUUUAAACUGAUAUUUUUAAAGAUGUUCUUUUAAUAAAUGUAGCUAUUAUUAAUUGUACAUUUCUAAACUCAACCUUCCUUAAUUUUGUUAAAUUUCCUAUUUCUGGAAAUAUUUAAAUAGAAAAUCUUUAAAUCAAAAACUGCACAUUUAUAUAAUCGGAGUUAUUUAUUAUCAAACUUAUGUAAGGGUCUAUUUAAAUUGUAAAUCUUGAAAUAGAAGAAACUUAUUUAUAUAAUUCUACUCUAUACUCUAUAAAUUCCAAUUUUUUAAACUCUAUCAUAAAAUUUCACAAUUUCAUUAUUAGAAACAAUAAGUUUUAUCAUUCUUCUUUUUAAAAAAGUAACUCAAAUUUACAUUAAAACUUAGUAGACAUCAUAUUUUCGUAAAAUUAUCUGUCAAACUCAAAUACUUUUGACUUUAAUCACAAUUUCACUAUAAGUAAUAUUUUAAUUACUUAAAAUGAUUUUAAAGAUUCAGCAUUCUUUUUUACAACAGAAACUCUUCUUUUGUUUUAAUUAACUUUAAAAUUACACUUCCUUAAAGCAAAGGAUAAUUACUUUACCAGUUCAAAUAUCUGGAAAAUUUAGUCAAGUUUAGAAACUAGCAAUUUGAUACUAAGUCUUUCAGAACUUCUCUUAGAGGAUCUUUAUAGUUCAAAUCAAUUAUAAUACUUAUUCAAAUUAAAAUGUUAAAAACUAUUAUUAGAAGAUGUUUUUAUAAAAAAUUUAAGCAAUACUUUUAUUUUUUACAUUUAUUAAAGUAAUUUCAUCUAUCUUAAUAACAUUAUAUAUGAAGGCUCCUCAAUUUAGUAUUAAAUUCCACUAAUUUAAUCAUGUUAAGAAAUUACAAAAUAAUAAAACAAGCUUUUAAAAAUUAUGGGUUUUUAUUAAAUUUAAAUUAAAAAACUAGAAAUAUCUCACAUUUUUAAUUUAGAUGAAUCUAGUAUCGAUAUCAAUAAUAAUAAUGAAGAAUUAAAUACUGGAUAACAAUUAGUUUAAAUAUAAGAUAUAGUAUUUAAAUAAAACCUUGUUGUAUUACUGAAUUUAAUAGAAUUCACUUCCCUCUUAAAAAUUCAUUCAGAAAGAAAUCUUAAUAUAAUUAUAACAAAUAUUGAAUAUUUGCAGAAUAUUUUUCAUUCUUAUGCUGAUAGUUCUUUCAAAUCUUAUUCAAGUUUGAUUUAUUUAAAUUGCAAGACUUGCAUAGUGGAAAUCAAUAAUUAUUCAUCCUAAUUUAAUGUAUUUUCUAAUUCUACAAAUUCAUUUGUUUAUAUUAAUUCAAAAAUCAUAAAUUUUAACAAUUAUAGUGUUGAGAAUCAUAAUAUAUUACCUUCAAGACUUUGGUCUAAAUAUUUUGAUUUUGAAAUAAAUGGUGAUUAUAAUUAAGAUGAAAUCAAUUAAAUUAUCAGUUAGGCAUUAAUGAUAAAAAACAUUGGUGGAGUAGCUUAAUUAACAACAUCUAAUUUUACAUGCAUAAAUUGUAGUUUCUAGAAAAUAAAAGCAUUUAAGAGUGCUGUGUUUGAAAUAAUUACAGAAUAAGAUGGUAUAAUCUAACUUUUAGAAUUAUCAAUAUCAUAAAUUGAACAUAAUCUAUAAUCAUUAACUAAUAGUUCAGGUUGUAUAAGUAUUUAUUCUUAGAAUAGUUUUCUUAAUCUUAAAAUAUAGAAUUCAUAUUUUUCAGAAAUAUUAAGUCGAAUGGCUCCAUCAAUAUUUACUAUAAUACCAUCCAGCAUUUAAAAUACUAUACAAAUCACAAAUAUAAAAAUAACUAAUUGUUUAUCCUUAAUUAAUUCUAUUUUAAAAGCUUCAUUUUAAAAUAAGAUAGCUUAAUAAAACAAAAUAAGUUUUUCUAGUAUCAUAAUCAUUUAAAGUGAAGAAAACUGGAUUAAAUAUUUUUCUAAAAUUGAGGCUUUAACAACUGUAGAAAUUGAGGAAAUAACAAGUGAAGAAAAUGCACUAAUAUAUUUUGACAGUUGUUCUGUUAAUGUUAAAAAUUUAAUAAUAUCAGGUUUAUAUCUUUCUCCAUUAUUAAAAGUUUCAAACAUUCCAAAUUUUAAUUUACAUAAUGUUUUACUUGAAUAAAUUCAAAUUUUUUAUUCUUUUAAUGUUAUUGAUAUUCAAUAAGCACUUAAGACUUAAUCUACAGUAAUCUUACAAUAAUUAAGUAUAAUAAACACUUAGCCUUAUUAAGCUCUCUUUACAUAAAAUAUGGUUUCUAAAAAUAUCUAUGUUAAUAAAAAUUGUGUAAAAACAAUUAUACAUAUAGAUGAAAGAUUCUCAACAUUUUUAAAUAUUCAAUCUUUAUUUUUGAUAUAAGCUAAAAAUUCUUCAUUAAUUAACAUUAAAUGUGAUUAAGAUACAAAUAGAUAUAAAUUAAAUCUAAUAAAGCUAUAAAAAAAUAAUUGCACUUUUUGUACUCAUGGUUUGAUUUAUUUUAAUGUUUAAAAACUAUAACAUCUGAGGAUUCUUGAUUUAGAUUGUAAUUCAAAUCUAAUCUAAUCUUAUGGUUGUUUAAAUUUAGUUUAAUCUGCUAUAAAAUCAUAAUUUAUAACGGCAAUUAAUUCAUAUUUUAUAAAUAACAGUGGAAGUAAAGGAGUAGCAAUUUCUUCUUCUGGAAUUCCACUUAUUUUAAAGAAUUGUUGGAUAAUUAAUAAUAAUGCUAGUUAAUAAGGUGGAGGUCUUUAUUUAGAUUUGCAUAAUAGUAGUUUUUUAAUUAAAAAAUCAUUCAUAAUUUAAAAUAGAGCAUUUUCAGGAGGAGGAUUAUAUCUAGAAAAAAAUAAUAAUGUCAAUAUUAAUAACUUUAUUGAUAGUUUAUUAAUUUUAAAUAAAGCAAAUAGUUAUGGAAAUAAUCUUGUAGAAAGUCCAACAAGCUUAGCUUUAAGUAUUAACUCAAAUUAAAUGCAGUCUUCAAGUUUAAUUUUGAAUUAUACAUAAACAAAUAUUCUUUUUUUAAAGUCUUAUACAACAAUAGAGUAAGAAUAAAAAAUAAGAAGUGAGUUGCUUAGGAUUCCAAGUAAUCAAGUUAUUAGAGAUUAUAACAUUUUAAUACCUAAAUAAUCUACUUCCUAUAAAUUAUUCAAAGAUCUUAGUAUAUCUUUUAAGAAUAGUGAAAAUGAAAUGCUAUUUCAUUAACUUAAUUCAACCUGUAAUGUAAGUCAAUAAGUUAUUUUUAAAGAUAAAAUACAAAGCAGUAUAUAGCUUGGAGAAUUAAUUUACAAUGAAACAAAAAAUAAUUUUGAUAUGGGAUCUUUGUCUUUUCACUUUAAUCCAUAUGAAAACAAUAAUAGUUUUUUAUAGAUUAUUAUUACAUGCAAUCCAUAAAAUUAUUCUAAAAAAUUAGAAUAUAUUAUCAGAGCAAAAAGUUAUAAAUGUUAAUUAGGAGAAUUUUAUGUUGAUGAAGGAUGUUAGCUUUGUUAAUCAAAUUAAGGCUUUUAUUCAGUUACUUAUAAUGAUACAAAAUGUUCAAUAUUUGAUAAAUAAAAAUUUUAAAGUAUUACUUCAAAUGAAUUAAAUUUACAAGUUGGAUAUUGGAGACCUCAUUAUUUAUCUGAUUAAAUUAAUUAUUGCUUUAAAAAUUUUGAAAAUUGCAAAGGAGGUUGGUCUGUAGGUAAUGAACUUUGUAUUGAAGGACAUUUAGGAGCUUUAUGUGAAGAAUGUGAUAUUUAUAAUAUUAGAGGUGGAGGUAAAUACUUUAAAAAUUCAGAGAAUUCAAAAUGUUGGUCUUGUUUUGGAAUAUCUGAUAGUAUUAUACCAUUUGUUAUGAAUUCUAUUUGGUAUGAUUAUUUUAUAUUUUAGGGCUAUGUUAUCAGUUCUUUUAUCUUUAAGAAGUAUCAAUAAAUCUAAUGAUCUUUUUAUAUUUUUAAAAAUAAAGGAAAGAUUUAGUUAAAUCAUUUUUAAAUUAAAUUAAGGUAUUUAAUUUUAUUGAAUUAGAUUUUGAAAGUAUCUUUAUUAAAAUGAUGUUAAAUUAUUUUUGGAUAUUUUCAUUAAUAUUUACUUUUAAUAUAAGCUUUACAAUCUCUUUUAAUUUUAUUGAUAAAGCCAGCAAUACUUCUUACUCUAUGGCCAACAAUCUAGAUUGCUAUUUAUCAGAGAUAACAAUCAUCAACCUACUUUAUUUGAAAGUCUUUACAAUCAUUAUAAUUAUAUUAUGGUAAUUUUUGAUAAUUUUUUCCAUAUUCUUAAUAAAUUGCAUUUAUAAUAAAGAGAAAUUUAAAUUUCGAAUUGUGUCCAAUAUUUUACUGUGCCUUUAUAUUUUUAAUUACUAAGGUCUUAUUAAAAUGUAAUUAUUAUUAUAUCUUAGAUUGGGUUCCAUAGUAUCAUUAAGAGAAAUAUCGAAUUAAUAAUAUGUUCAAGGUGAUGUUUCAAUUAAGUACAAUUCUGAAAGUCAUUUUUAAUGGAUGCUAUUUUUCAUAGUUCCUUUUCUAAUUAUUUUUGGUGGAUUAAUUCCCUUUUUCCUUUUCUUAAUCAUAGUUAUCUAGAAAGAACAUAUUGAAAAAGGAGAAAAGAUGAGAGCUCAUAUAAGUUAUUUACUUAAUGAAUAUGAAAAAAAAUGCUAUUAUUGGGAAUAAAUUAAAUUAUUAUAAAAAGCAAUUAUGAUAUUAAUCUUGACAUAUUUUGAGACCAAUAUUUUAAUGAAAGCAUCACUAUUAGGACUUUGCUUAUUAUUUUAUCAAUUAUUAUCAUCAAAGAAUAGGCCUUUUAUAACAUCAAAAUUAAACAAUUUAGAUUUAUAAAGUGGGUAAAUUUGUUCAAUCUCCAUAUUUCUGGCAACAACUAAAUAUGUUAGUGAGGAAUAAAAUAAUAAAUUUUCUUCCAUGAUCCUCUAAAUAAUAUUAAUAUUACUUUUUAUAAUGCUUUCAUAUCCCUUUAUUCUAUCUAUUUUGAUAAUUUACUUUAAAAAAUACAAAAUUCUAUUUAUGACUUAUUUAGGAUUUCUAAUGAAAAAAUUAAAACUAAAAUAUCUUUAAAAUACUAUAUCUGAAGUACUAAAAAAAGAAGACUUGAAAUAAGCCAAAUUAAAACAAUAUUUCUUAAAAUUAAGAAAAUAUUUAAUGAGCAUUUCUAAAUCAUAAAUAAAGAAUCGACCGUAUAAUUAUAUAAUAUUUUUUAGAUUGGCUCCUUCCAAAAAGAUAAAUUAAUAGAAUGUUUUUAGUACUGAAUUCAUAAAUUAGUCUAUGAACAUUCUAAGUUUAGAUAGAGGAAAUAUGUGA